CGGCUCCAUCCGUCCACUCGACUUUCUUCAUUUCCACCACCUCCGUCCCCUCACCUACUUACACCUCCCAACCAUCCCAAUAGCUCACGAUAAUAUUCAAACUUACAAACAACCAUCACAAUGACCGACCCUGACGCCCCUCAAACCAACAAGGCCUUCGUGCCUCUCGAAAAUAACCCCGAAGUAAUGACCCAUCUUGUCCGCCAACUCGGCCUCUCCCCAGCCAUCGGCUUCACGGACGUCUGGUCAAUCGACAGCCCGGACCUCCUCGCCUUCGUCCCGCGUCCCUCCUACGCCCUCCUCCUCGUCUUCCCCGUCUCUCAAGCCUACGAAUCCGCCCGCGUGGCCGAAGACACCCCGCUCCAAGAAUACACUGGCUCCGGGCCCUCCGAGCCCGUGAUGUGGUUCAAACAAACAAUCCGGAACGCGUGCGGGCUGAUUGGACUCCUGCAUGCGGUGUCGAACGGCACGCCCCGGAAGCAUGUCACGCCUGGGUCGGACCUGGAUGUAUUGUUGCGGGAGGCAGAGGGGCUGGAGCCGAUUAAGAGGGCGGAUCUGUUGUAUGAGAGCAGGGCGUUGGAGAGUGCGCAUGCGGGUGCGGCGCGGUUGGGGGAUACGGAAGCGCCGCAGGCGGAGGAUUCGGUGGAUUUGCAUUUCGUGGCGUUUGUGAAGGGCGAGGAUGGACGGUUGUGGGAGUUGGAUGGGAGGAGGAAGGGGCCAUUGGAGAGGGGGGUUUUGGGUGAGGAUGAGGAUGCGUUGAGUGAGAGGGCGUUGGAAUUGGGAGUGAGGCGGUUUCUGGAGAUUGAGAAGAAGAGUGGGAAUCCGGAUGUGAGGUUUAGUUUGGUUAGUUUGGGGGAGGUUUUUGAUUAGAUCGUGGCGGUGAAUGUUGUACGUAUACCCGGUUAUGGUAGAUUGGAGACAGGUUGUGUACUGCUUCUGGCUGGGUGGAUGUGAAUAUUGAGGGCGUGUAGAAGUAUAGUGCUCAGAUGUCGUCGUCAGCCCACCAUUCAUCUGAGUUGAACUUCAGAACGUCAUCCCCGCAGGCCCACCAUCCAGCUGUGAGGUUGCGGGCAAAGACCUCUAGAGCAGAGUAUGGCAUGCGAUCGCCUGCCGAUGAGCUGAAGAACAUCUUCUCGAAGAGUUCCUUCAGGUUCGGCUUCCGUGAAUGCACAUCAGGAACAGCCCCAAUG